ACUUCGAUUGUAACUUCGCGCGAAUUCGGUUACGUUCUGUAACCAAGCUUGUAUCCUGGCACGAUCUCGGUAUCCUUUCGAUGCCACGAGAUCGCCAGCAAAUACAUAUCUCGAUUUGGUCCAUUAAUUGCCUUCUGGUAUUUGGCUUCUCGGGGAUUUUAUGGAGUCAUUUGGAACGAGCUUCUUACGCCUUCUGAUCUAUUUGGCACGUGUUUCUUGGUAGCGGUGUUCAUAGUUAAUCUCAACUCGACGCCACGCUACAAUUGGUGAUCCCAAAGUUUGGGACACGCGACAAUUGGUGACCCGUAUUUUGGAACACGCCUCUGCUUCUGGUCAAAUCUUCCAAAGAAGCCAAUUCGGUGAGUCUAUGAUUUAUCUAUCCACGUCUGUCGUAUAUUUUCAUAUUUAAUAUAUAAUAUACUCGACAUGACGGAUAACGAUAAGAAUAGUAUUAAUAUAAUAGACUCCCAUUUAUGUGUACCGAACUCUUGUUACUUUUUAUUCGCGUGACGAUGAAUUCCACGCUUUAUUCGAGAAAUUUUCCCUAUUAUUUAUUCUCCUCGCUGACCCGGCUGCUUGGUACGGAAUGCAUUCGCAUACGCAUUAACGUCUACCUCCCAGCAUCAAAUGGUUAAGUUGAACGGUUUCAUUGCCAACUUAAAAGUGCUCUACGAGCACACGAGAACGACAACUGGUAUGAAACCUUAUCGCUCGUCCCCUUAGGUAUUCGAACGAGCUUGAAGGCAGAUAUACAAUGUUCCGCCGCUGAACUGGUAUACGGCACGACAUUGCGUCUGCCCGGAGAAUUCACACCACGGAGCAGACCUAAUUUCGGUAAAUCAGACUACGUCCAUCGACUGUCUGCAUUUAUGCGAACGCUGUCUCCGGUGUCAACUCGAAUACAACAUCGACAGGUCGCUCUCUCUCGAGAGUUAUCUACCUGUUCACAUGUCUUUGUACGAGUAGAUUCGGUACGCAAACCUUUGCAACAACCUUACGAAGGCCCUUUUCGCGUGAUCGCUCGUCACGAAAAGACCUUCAAGGUUGAUCGACACGGCCGCGUCGAGAUCGUCAGCAUUGAUCGUCUCAAACCAGCACACGUCGAUGACUGUGCCCUAUCUGAUAACCUGAGAUUCAAUGCUAGACCAAGCAAACCUACUAGCGGGAUCCUCAAACCAUCUUCAGGUCCCACACUAGAUACACCUGAGACCUCACUCUCACGUCCCAGUCAACAGCACGCGUCAUCUGCACCGUCUACGGACGAGACGACAGUCUCACGUCCAGAUCAGCAGACCACGCCGCCCUUGACUUCGGAUGAGAUUGCAGGCUCACGCGACGCGAACGAGACUGCCGUCUCACGUUCCGGUCGCCGAGUACGUUUACCCGUACGCUUCCUCGACUAGUCGCACAGUCGACAACCGAUACGGUGUAGGAAUAUUCCUAUGCUACUUGCAUGCUACACUCUUCUCUUUUUUGAUUCUCUUUUUGUUUCCUGAGCCCACGCCUUCGACCAUCUCCGUUUGGUUCCGUCGACUUCAGUCAACUUUGGCGAAAGCUGGAUUGGCCACCCACGCUCUUGUCAACGCACUCAGUCGAUAUAUUGGUUUCGAAUGCUUGGCAUACGCUUGGUCUCGAACUUGAUCGUUAUGGUCGCUUCUGGUUCAUCGGCUCAACGUGGUUUCGUCCUACGUCUGCAGCGUUUCUGGUGCGCACUCCUACGAACGCCCUCUUCAGAUUCUGGAUACAAACCACUCUGGUGUAGCAUGCCAACUCAAUCAAUAAAUACAACACAUCGCUCCUGGUACCGUUCUCCGAAAACGACCUUCGUUGGCAACUCGACGAUUAACGAUCGCUUUCCUGUUCGCCAAUUCUUCCGUCCUACAAUCGCUCGUCAGCCGAUCAGUCCCACGAUUCAAACCGCUAUUUAUCGAAAGUGUAAACCCUUUCUAGCGGGGGCUCCUGUAGUGACUCACGUUUAUCACGAGAACACGACUGGUUUAAUAAAAACAAUUAUUAUUAUAACCAACUGUACCAGUGUUUGUUUUAACGUGCUUUUGUUUGACUGUGCUAAUGACAGCUAUUUUGUGCUUCCGUUCUUUUACACACACUUCGAUUGUAACUUCGCGCGAAUUCGGUUACGUUCUGUAACCAAGCUUGUAUCCUGGCACGAUCUCGGUAUCCUUUCGAUGCCACGAGAUCGCCAGCAAAUACAUAUCUCGAUUUGGUCCAUUAAUUGCCUUCUGGUAUUUGGCUUCUCGGGGAUUUUAUGGAGUCAUUUGGAACGAGCUUCUUACGCCUUCUGAUCUAUUUGGCACGUGUUUCUUGGUAGCGGUGUUCAUAGUUAAUCUCAACUCGACGCCACGCUACAAUUGGUGAUCCCAAAGUUUGGGACACGCGACAAUUGGUGACCCGUAUUUUGGAACACGCCUCUGCUUCUGGUCAAAUCUUCCAAAGAAGCCAAUUCGGUGAGUCUAUGAUUUAUCUAUCCACGUCUGUCGUAUAUUUUCAUAUUUAAUAUAUAAUAUACUCGACAUGACGGAUAACGAUAAGAAUAGUAUUAAUAUAAUAGACUCCCAUUUAUGUGUACCGAACUCUUGUUACUUUUUAUUCGCGUGACGAUGAAUUCCACGCUUUAUUCGAGAAAUUUUCCCCUAUUAUUUAUUCUCCUCGCUGACCCGGCUGCUUGGUACGGAAUGCAUUCGCAUACGCAUUAACGUCUACCUCCCAGCAUCAAAUGGUUAAGUUGAACGGUUUCAUUGCCAACUUAAAAGUGCUCUACGAGCACACGAGAACGACAACUGGUAUGAAACCUUAUCGCUCGUCCCCUUAGGUAUUCGAACGAGCUUGAAGGCAGAUAUACAAUGUUCCGCCGCUGAACUGGUAUACGGCACGACAUUGCGUCUGCCCGGAGAAUUCACACCACGGAGCAGACCUAAUUUCGGUAAAUCAGACUACGUCCAUCGACUGUCUGCAUUUAUGCGAACGCUGUCUCCGGUGUCAACUCGAAUACAACAUCGACAGGUCGCUCUCUCUCGAGAGUUAUCUACCUGUUCACAUGUCUUUGUACGAGUAGAUUCGGUACGCAAACCUUUGCAACAACCUUACGAAGGCCCUUUUCGCGUGAUCGCUCGUCACGAAAAGACCUUCAAGGUUGAUCGACACGGCCGCGUCGAGAUCGUCAGCAUUGAUCGUCUCAAACCAGCACACGUCGAUGACUGUGCCCUAUCUGAUAACCUGAGAUUCAAUGCUAGACCAAGCAAACCUACUAGCGGGAUCCUCAAACCAUCUUCAGGUCCCACGCUAGAUACACCUGAGACCUCACUCUCACGUCCCAGUCAACAGCACGCGUCAUCUGCACCGUCUACGGACGAGACGACAGUCUCACGUCCAGAUCAGCAGACCACGCCGCCCUUGACUUCGGAUGAGAUUGCAGGCUCACGCGACGCGAACGAGACUGCCGUCUCACGUUCCGGUCGCCGAGUACGUUUACCCGUACGCUUCCUCGACUAGUCGCACAGUCGACAACCGAUACGGUGUAGGAAUAUUCCUAUGCUACUUGCAUGCUACACUCUUCUCUUUUUUGAUUCUCUUUUUGUUUCCUGAGCCCACGCCUUCGACCAUCUCCGUUUGGUUCCGUCGACUUCAGUCAACUUUGGCGAAAGCUGGAUUGGCCACCCACGCUCUUGUCAACGCACUCAGUCGAUAUAUUGGUUUCGAAUGCUUGGCAUACGCUUGGUCUCGAACUUGAUCGUUAUGGUCGCUUCUGGUUCAUCGGCUCAACGUGGUUUCGUCCUACGUCUGCAGCGUUUCUGGUGCGCACUCCUACGAACGCCCUCUUCAGAUUCUGGAUACAAACCACUCUGGUGUAGCAUGCCAACUCAAUCAAUAAAUACAACACAUCGCUCCUGGUACCGUUCUCCGAAAACGACCUUCGUUGGCAACUCGACGAUUAACGAUCGCUUUCCUGUUCGCCAAUUCUUCCGUCCUACAAUCGCUCGUCAGCCGAUCAGUCCCACGAUUCAAACCGCUAUUUAUCGAAAGUGUAAACCCUUUCUAGCGGGGGCUCCUGUAGUGACUCACGUUUAUCACGAGAACACGACUGGUUUAAUAAAAACAAUUAUUAUUAUAACCAACUGUACCAGUGUUUGUUUUAACGUGCUUUUGUUUGACUGUGCUAAUGACAGCUAUUUUGUGCUUCCGUUCUUUUUACACACACUUCGAUUGUAACUUCGCGCGAAUUCGGUUACGUUCUGUAACCAAGCUUGUAUCCUGGCACGAUCUCGGUAUCCUUUCGAUGCCACGAGAUCGCCAGCAAAUACAUAUCUCGAUUUGGUCCAUUAAUUGCCUUCUGGUAUUUGGCUUCUCGGGGAUUUUAUGGAGUCAUUUGGAACGAGCUUCUUACGCCUUCUGAUCUAUUUGGCACGUGUUUCUUGGUAGCGGUGUUCAUAGUUAAUCUCAACUCGACGCCACGCUACAAUUGGUGAUCCCAAAGUUUGGGACACGCGACAAUUGGUGACCCGUAUUUUGGAACACGCCUCUGCUUCUGGUCAAAUCUUCCAAAGAAGCCAAUUCGGUGAGUCUAUGAUUUAUCUAUCCACGUCUGUCGUAUAUUUUCAUAUUUAAUAUAUAAUAUACUCGACAUGACGGAUAACGAUAAGAAUAGUAUUAAUAUAAUAGACUCCCAUUUAUGUGUACCGAACUCUUGUUACUUUUUAUUCGCGUGACGAUGAAUUCCACGCUUUAUUCGAGAAAUUUUCCCCUAUUAUUUAUUCUCCUCGCUGACCCGGCUGCUUGGUACGGAAUGCAUUCGCAUACGCAUUAACGUCUACCUCCCAGCAUCAAAUGGUUAAGUUGAACGGUUUCAUUGCCAACUUAAAAGUGCUCUACGAGCACACGAGAACGACAACUGGUAUGAAACCUUAUCGCUCGUCCCCUUAGGUAUUCGAACGAGCUUGAAGGCAGAUAUACAAUGUUCCGCCGCUGAACUGGUAUACGGCACGACAUUGCGUCUGCCCGGAGAAUUCACACCACGGAGCAGACCUAAUUUCGGUAAAUCAGACUACGUCCAUCGACUGUCUGCAUUUAUGCGAACGCUGUCUCCGGUGUCAACUCGAAUACAACAUCGACAGGUCGCUCUCUCUCGAGAGUUAUCUACCUGUUCACAUGUCUUUGUACGAGUAGAUUCGGUACGCAAACCUUUGCAACAACCUUACGAAGGCCCUUUUCGCGUGAUCGCUCGUCACGAAAAGACCUUCAAGGUUGAUCGACACGGCCGCGUCGAGAUCGUCAGCAUUGAUCGUCUCAAACCAGCACACGUCGAUGACUGUGCCCUAUCUGAUAACCUGAGAUUCAAUGCUAGACCAAGCAAACCUACUAGCGGGAUCCUCAAACCAUCUUCAGGUCCCACACUAGAUACACCUGAGACCUCACUCUCACGUCCCAGUCAACAGCACGCGUCAUCUGCACCGUCUACGGACGAGACGACAGUCUCACGUCCAGAUCAGCAGACCACGCCGCCCUUGACUUCGGAUGAGAUUGCAGGCUCACGCGACGCGAACGAGACUGCCGUCUCACGUUCCGGUCGCCGAGUACGUUUACCCGUACGCUUCCUCGACUAGUCGCACAGUCGACAACCGAUACGGUGUAGGAAUAUUCCUAUGCUACUUGCAUGCUACACUCUUCUCUUUUUUUGAUUCUCUUUUUGUUUCCUGAGCCCACGCCUUCGACCAUCUCCGUUUGGUUCCGUCGACUUCAGUCAACUUUGGCGAAAGCUGGAUUGGCCACCCACGCUCUUGUCAACGCACUCAGUCGAUAUAUUGGUUUCGAAUGCUUGGCAUACGCUUGGUCUCGAACUUGAUCGUUAUGGUCGCUUCUGGUUCAUCGGCUCAACGUGGUUUCGUCCUACGUCUGCAGCGUUUCUGGUGCGCACUCCUACGAACGCCCUCUUCAGAUUCUGGAUACAAACCACUCUGGUGUAGCAUGCCAACUCAAUCAAUAAAUACAACACAUCGCUCCUGGUACCGUUCUCCGAAAACGACCUUCGUUGGCAACUCGACGAUUAACGAUCGCUUUCCUGUUCGCCAAUUCUUCCGUCCUACAAUCGCUCGUCAGCCGAUCAGUCCCACGAUUCAAACCGCUAUUUAUCGAAAGUGUAAACCCUUUCUAGCGGGGGCUCCUGUAGUGACUCACGUUUAUCACGAGAACACGACUGGUUUAAUAAAAACAAUUAUUAUUAUAACCAACUGUACCAGUGUUUGUUUUAACGUGCUUUUGUUUGACUGUGCUAAUGACAGCUAUUUUGUGCUUCCGUUCUUUUACACACACUUCGAUUGUAACUUCGCGCGAAUUCGGUUACGUUCUGUAACCAAGCUUGUAUCCUGGCACGAUCUCGGUAUCCUUUCGAUGCCACGAGAUCGCCAGCAAAUACAUAUCUCGAUUUGGUCCA